AGCAAAAACUAAACCCCAUUGUACUGUGUACCGUUUCCCCCCACGAACAAUAUUCACCCAAUUCCAAAGUCCGCGAGCAUAAUGUUGUGCGACAUAAGUAUUCAUCCCAUGUAAGUGCUCAUAUGAUGCGGCGAUUGACGUAACCUAAACAUUUACAUUAACCCAGAGCCAGAAAGCGAAAAGUCAGAUCGAAGUCGUUUCAGCCGCGUCCAAAAAACAGUAUGCCCGUAGUUAUUUUCAAGGAACCCGAUUGGGCUAGUGUUAGUGAAGCGAACCGCAAUAUAAUGCGGAGGAGCCGGUGUAGUUGUACUCCAGAAAGAACUCUACGUACUACCAGUAAUUAGUUUACACAAGAUCAAAAUGUCAGCUGAAACAAAUAUCUUCACGACGGCUGCAGCUGGCGGGACUUCUAAAAGGUUAUCGGUCAUACGGUCGCUUUCCUUUUUCUUCGUUUCCAGCACCUGGACUUCUUUUUUGUCGGUUCCAAACCUGUGGGGCGGGCGGCAAGAACGAGCCUCGUCGUACGACGCAGCUUUCAACAAGAAUGAUGUAGCACGACGAGGUAGUAGUACAACAGGGGCUGACGGAGCAGGCCCAGUAGAAGACGACAAACCAUGGACAACAAGACCACCGUCGACAGCACCACAUAUCGUAGAUGUUCCGGGUGGUGGUCCAAGUCGUAUGGACAAGAUAUUCGUCGCGGGGUACCAGGUCGGAAGAACGAGAACGUCGAGAGGAACAAAGAAUAGCCGGCAGGCAGCAUUAAGUCGUGCAGACUCUAAGCGGACAACUAGGCCGAGGCGGUCGCAAAAGUUUCCUCCGAACAAGAACGCGGCGUUUGGGCAAGAGGACGUUGAACAUCGAAACGUAGACGAGAAGCCAAACGACUCGCUGACGCGGAGCCACUAUGAAGAAGACGCUAGUAGUAACACAUCUGGACCACAGCGGCAGGAGCACCCUGAUCAACUACGAGACGAUGUUGACCGGCGGGUCGUCCAACGAAGUUCUCCUUCUUGGAACUCGGGACGCGAGACCACCAGCGUUCUUCAGCGCAUCGUGGAGCGGAGCGAAAUCAAAAGAGCUGCAGCGGAGACGACGGUGUUGAGCAGCCACGUUGAGGCCGCGACGACGUCCUCGCAUCAAAGGCACAUGAAAAACAAAGCGGAAAUGGGGCGAGAGGUGGUCGCAGCGAAGAAAAUAGCGGCAGACCAAGCCGCCGCCUCCGCAGCAGCUGCUGUAGAUAAAAAAGCCGUCGAAGGGAGUGACGGCAAAAAUACGAAUAUCGUGCCGCCUGACGUAGAACUUCAAUUUCAACAAAGUUCUUUUGCUCCAGAUAGCAAGGCAGAUGCAAUGGAAAAGCUGAAACUAUUUGAAGAGUUUCAGGAGUAUCAGGAGUGGCUGAAACAGAAACAGCAAAAGAAGAUAAGUACCGUGAGCGACACGACAACUGCGGCCGGCGUGCACGACAAGGGUACGACGAGAAUACAACACGUCACGGAAUACAAAACUCCUGUUAAAAUACAACGAAUAAGCCCUGCUCCUGCUCCUGCACCAGAGGAAACGCCUGCUUCUUCUCCUGCAACCGUGGAAGUGCCUGCACCUGCUUCUGCACCAAAGACUACAACGCCUGCUGCUGCACCAGAGGUGGAGCAGGAAACGCCCGACCCAGCAGCUGCGCAUCAACGUCCAUCGCCGGCUGAGCAGACUGUUACCCCCGACGCACCGUCAUCGUCAGAGCCAGCGCCUUCACCGGUACAGCAUCCACCGGCCACGGAAACGAGUGAACCGGACGUCGAGAUGCUGCAAGCACCGGAUGGUCCUCAGGCGGCGCCGGUGCCGGCGACACCUACACCUACACCUUCGACAAAAUCGUUACCAGGAACUGAGCCAGAACCCCCACCACCAACCCACGGCGCGUUGAGUUUUUUCGACGAUAGCGAGAAAACCGACGAGGCCAUACCAGGUCAAUUUGGCAGUGGGAGUCUAGGUGGUGGGUCCGAACUCAGUGGUGUGAGUGAAGUAAGUGACGCGCACACGACACCAGCGCCGUCUUCCGGGUUGCCAAAUAAUGUUACCGGCGGCGGGGCGUCAAGUAACCAAACUUUCGCCGUACCAUCAGAAGUACUUUCAAGCGGGGAGGUAGGAAAAGACGAGGCGAAGUCGGGGGAGGCUGCUACCAAAGACGCCUGCAUGACGCUGGCGUUGAUUUUUGGCGGGGUAGGAAGCUUGUUGUGCCUCGUGCUGGUAAUGGUGAUGAUCUGUCUUGUUCUUCACUACAAGGAGGGGUACGAAGAGAACGCCUCUAUAAAGGCGACCCUCGCGCGAUCGCAAAUUUUACGCCUCAAUGACGGCACCAUCGCGGUCACGCCGACCGUCACAACCACUCCCGCCCCCGACACGACCACCGAGUCACCUCCUAUGAACAGAGACGAGGUGCAUCUCACGUCGUCCCAGGAAUCGCCGCACCCAACAUCCCACCUACACAGUAAGGGGAGUGCGGACCGAAUCGCGAGUGGGGAGCAAAAAGACCUACAAGCUGACGACAAGUCGCAGCAGGGUCUUCCGUCUGGGCAGGUGCGACAGGCAGGGGAUGGCGCCAAUAAUCUUAAUCCGCUCAAUCUGCAGCCGGGAACCGAAGAGCCAGCACCAGUACGCACGGGCGACGGAGUCCUUGCCGACGUUCUCGCAGGCGACCACCCUUUUCCUGCAGGAGACGAUGAAGGCACUCCUGCGACGGGUGCGGCUACGGGGCCACAUGAGUACGGAGAAGCCCCUGCAGCCGCAGCCGGGGGGAGGGCAAGUAUGGUGGUUUACAGCGCCGCCCCUCCGGGGGUCCCCCAGGAAGACGAGCAAUUUGGGGACGAGAUCAACAGUUUCGCGCCCAGUCUUGAGUCCACCCAGCAGGACAACAAGAAGAUUUUGUCCAGCUUCGGCAAGGAACCAGCCGGCAGCAAAGAAGCCAAGCAGCUCCAGUCCGGAGACCCGUCGAACCGGUCCAGGGGCGUCGCACAGAUUCCGGACAUCACCACUAGUGUCACUCCCGCUGGAGUUGUACCUACUUCGAGAGCAGGGCAACUAGGUGGUCCGGCGCAAGACGAGAUAUUAUCUGCAGCGGGAGCGCCGUUGCUGGGCGCCCACGUGAGGGAAUACAACAGAGGGGUCGCCGGGCCGAAGAGCGCCGGGUCCCACGAUAGCGCAGGUAUGAGCUACGACGAGCACCACGAGGAGGCAGCCGCGAGCAAGGCCGUCGCGGCACAGCAGCCGCAGAGCUUCCUGGCGUCGCACAGUUUGGCGCGUGGGGGACGCAUUUCCAAGCAGAUGUCCAAGUCGCUUUCGGGGAUUGUUUCCUUCUCGGAGGAAAACCCCGACGACGCUGGUAUCGCUGACAUGGCGGAAGCGGGUAGGCAAAAGAUAAAGAAAUCCAGGAACAAGGAGAGUGCAGCAGCCAAGGAACUGAGCAAGUCCUUGUCUUCGAAGAAGAGCAUGAAGAGCAGCAAGUCGCUAAGCAACAAGUCUAUGUCCAAGAAGAACGUGUCCGACGCUUCGGGGCAUUCGGAUCGGGACUACGACUACAGCAAGAAGGUGAAAAAGAGCGCUUCUGGCCGAGACCUGCGAGAGAAGGACCGAAAUCGAUCGGCGAGCGCGAAGAAGAGCAAAAAGCAGGGAGGUGACGCCGCUGCUCCCUCCAAAGACCUUUCGUACGGCAGCGGGAGCACCGCCAGUUUCGUGGAUCUCAUCAAGUCCAGCCACGCGCCCGCCAGUCACGCGGCCGCGCCCGCCAGCGAGGCUCCGCGCCAACAAGGUUCGUUGUUUCUGCAGCGUGCGCUGGAACACCACGAGGCCGUAGGAAAGGUGAUGGGCAACAUGGGUUCACAAACCUCACAGAACCGGCUCUCCGCCGCAAUAUCGUCGGGCCGGCUCUCCCAGUCACUAGGCUCCCAGCAACCAGCAAUUCCUGGUUCCCUGCAACCAGCACAACCAGGCUCCCAACUAGCCGCACCACAAAGCUCCUUCGGCGCUCUUGCUGACACCAUCCGCAGAUAUCCUACCACAAAAUCGCGAGCCUAGUUGUUUGUCAGUCUCAGCAUUUGUGGGAUUGUUAUCGUAGAAGUAAUAGUAAAGACGAUCAUCAUGAUUAAUGUUUAUGAUGAUGAUCGAGUGUGUCAAAUGAUCAUGAGAAACAACAAAACACUGCUGGCGCUGCUAUUAGUGCUUCUCGCCAGCAGGAAGUUAAAGUUUCUCGAUUUCGUUUCCUUGCAGAUUCUUGAAUUCUUGUCCCGAUGAUGCAGUUCCUGACAGCUUGUGGCUUAAGAUUUUGUCUUGGGAUAAGGAAGCAUCUAAACUUGCAUCGAAGGUAUCGUCCAAAGCGUCCUCAGGUGGAAGUCGCUCGGGACGGUCCGACGCUUCGGCGAAACGCUCAAUGAAAAAAGAAAAGAUGAGAAGCCGAAAUAAAAGUGGCGAUCUUCGUGGCGAGCCGAGGAGCGGUGCGCCGAGAAGCGGGACUGGAGGUGGCCGGAAGUCAGAUCGACCUCCUUCCGUCAUCGGAAGCGUCUGGCAACCUGGCGGGGAGUAG